AUGAGGCUGUGUAUUGAGCAUUUUAAAAUUCAAGGAAGUAACCGAUCCAUUUUAUUUACAUGGAAAAUAUUCAUCAGUAGAUUCAUACAGAAGUGUAAGCGAAUUUCAGCAAGCAAUGCUAACCUAUUCAAUUUUCAGUUGCCGAUGCUCACUGCCUACCUCGCUUAUCUCACAGCGUUUUUCUACUUUCCUAUGAAAUUUCUACUCGCUUGGGAGCUCAACUGUGCCUGUUCAUUCAUAAUAACCUGCGAAAUGACGCGAAUAGCCAUGAAGCUACACUCGUUUCUCCGCGAGAACAUGCCACGAGCGAUCGCUAAAAAGACCAGUGGAACGGUAGUUGAGCCAGGUACCGCUUCUGAAUGGCCUAGUGUGGAACAAUAUGUUUACUUCAUGUUUUGUCCUUCGCUUAUUUACAGGGAUGAAUAUCCAAGGUAA